AUGAGUAGAACUACGCCUGCCAGAGUAUACACCAGGCCCUCUCAGGCCAAAUGGUGGAAGGUCUGCUGGAUGUACGGGGAUCGCCAACUCUACGGCCGUACAAAUGCGAUAUCUCAGAUCGGCCUGGAUACAGGAAGAAAUCAAAACAAAUCGCAGAUCGAAGUGCCCAUAGAGAGUGGCCAGUUCACUCCUUCCCCCAAGCCAAAUCUCCUGAGGCGGGAACCACCUCAAGAUCUUCUGAACUGCCAUGAAGAUGAUGGAGGAUUUAUUGCUCUUCAGUAUUCCUGGGUUCCUCCAGGACUCACAGAUGAUGAGAUCCGACAAUAUUUCUCGGCUCUGCCCCCGGCCAAAAUACCAUUUGUGGAUUCCUUGGGUGAGAGGUACAGAGUGCACCAGCUGCUGCGACAGAUGCCACCACAAGACAAUGAAGCUCGCUUCACUCGUCACCAUCAGCUGUCGGAGGAAGAGCGAAGUGAGCUCAGGCUAAUAACUCUCCGAGUCAAGGAAUCUAGCGGGAGAGGAAAGGCUGUCCGACUAAAAACGACUUCUCAGUGUCAAAGUUGUGAUGAGAGGCUAUCGACGGGAGACAUGAGCGUGUUCGCCUCCAGAGUCGGCCCCAACAGCUGCUGGCAUCCUGCAUGUUUUGUCUGCUCAGUCUGUCAGGAGCUUCUGGUAGAUCUCAUCUACUUCUACAGGGAAGGCAAACUCUACUGCGGCCGCCACCACGCCGAGACUCUCAAACCUAGAUGUCCUGCCUGUGAUGAGCUGAUAUUGACUGACGAGCAAGUAAAGGCGGAGGGUUGCACGUGGCACAUGAAACACUUUGCAUGUCUGGAGUGUGACCAACAAUUGGGAGGUCAGAGGUACAUGAUGAGGGAUGGUCGUCCUUAUUGCUUCACCUGCUUCCAUGCCAUGUUCGCCGAGUACUGUGACUCCUGCGGAGAACCCAUUGGAAUUGACCAGGGUAAAUGUCUCAGUAUCUAG